AUGACUGAAAAGAAGAGAAAAAGAGGGUCUGGACCGUUUUACUGUCCCUUCCCUGGUUGCUUCAAGUCCUUUUCAAGGUCAGAUCAUUUAGGCAGGCACAGGGCGAAUCACUCUUCUCAAAAAUUCAAGUGUGAAUGGCCUGCAUGCGAGAGGGAGUUUUCAAGACUAGACGUUAAAAAGAAGCACUUCGCCCGCCAUCUGAAAAACAGUAAUGAAGGUUUCGACAGAACUUCAUUUCUGUAUGACAAUGAACGGAAUCCUAACACUGAUGACAAAAAUGAUAAGCUAGACUUGACAAUAAUGCAGGGAUCUUCGUCAGAGCAGAAAAUGAAUGGGAAAAAGCCUCGAGGUUCUUCCAUACUACCUCCGAAAUCCAACGGGGUUGGAAGUGUUUUGGAAAACACAGAUACAACACAUACUGAAUCGAACGCUAGUAGCGGACCUGUAACAGGAAACAAGAAGAUCUCUCCCGAGGAAUUAGAGGAGAAUUUGGCGUUCACAAACGAUUCGGCUGGCGAAGGCGGAGUGGUCGAUAAUUUUUCGAGCACUCCGACACAUUCUGAAAGUUUAGGACUACCUACAACCUUGAAGAAUCAAAAAAACUGCUCAACAUACAUUCCGCAAACUAAUGAAGCAUUCCAGGAAGUGGAAGGCUCGAACCUGCCGGGCUUUUUCAAACCUCCAGGUAUGGGUUCCUCCUCCACUUUUCAAGGAAUACAAUGGCUACUAGGACACUCUCCAAAAACUACAUCUGCUACUGGGAGGCAUUCAAAUCAUCCUGAAAAUGGCGCUUUUCACGGUCAUUACGAAAGUCCAUUGGAAUUGUCUUCGUUGAGCGUACUGGAAGAGAUAUUCUCUUUCAGUCCUGAAUUUCCAAACGCGGAAAGCCAAACAAGUGUUGAUGAUGAGAUGCUUAUCGAAAUGGCCAAGUGUAUACCGUCUGUGAAAAAUCAUCCUGACUUCGUUGCGCAGAAGUUGGAAUGGUUUCUCGAGGUCUAUUGGCUUCUAUAUCAUAGUCAGUAUCCUAUUCUCCAUCGACCUUCAUUUUCUGCUCACGAUACCCCACCUUUGUUAUUGACAAGCAUGAUAAUGAUGGGCGCGUCGCUGUCAAAAAGGACAAUAGAAGCUGUUCACAUUCAGUUAGUAGAUCCAGAUGGGCUCUCCGGUAUGAUAGCCGGUCCACUCCGUUGGUUAAUAUUUUCCAGCGAGCAAGCAAAACCUCCUUGCAAAUCAUGGGUAAUACAAAGUUUGAUUAUCCUGGAGACAUAUGAAAUAACGAGUUCUUCCAGGUGCUUGCAUGAAAGAGCUUGUAUCUAUAACGGAGCCAAGGUUCAGCUUUUGCGAAGAAGUCCCAUAUUGGGUGGUGAUCCACUGAAGGAAGUUGGUUCAGACACCAGUAGAUCUCAGAAUUUAUGGAGCACUUGGAUUGAGAGUGAAUCAAUGAAGAGAGUAGCUUUAAUGUCUUUCUACAUCGAUAGCGUUCAUGCAAUCAUCUUCGGACACCCUUUGAACCUAUUAGCCAACCAAAUCAAACUUUCACUUCCGUGCCCCGACGAUCUGUGGGAGUACAAUAACAUUGAUAGAAAUAAAGCUCCAUUAUCUGUUGCACAAACUCCUCUAUUUUGUGAUGCAAUUAAGAAGCUAUUGCAAAGAGAGGAAAUAGAAGUAGGACCGUUUAGUAUGCAAAUCCUACUAGCUGGUUUGAUAAACCUGUUUCUUCAAAUCGAGCAGAACCUUUCCCAGUGGUCCAGUUUUGGAUGGAAGUCAAUUCAAGAUAGUUGGAGGAGCACGAUUUGUUCAGCGAUAGACUUUUGGAAAACUCAAAUACCUUCAAAGAACUGCUGCUCAACGUUUUCAAGCGUCUAUCAUCUUAACUGUACCUCAGCGGUUAAUCGUCCUUUACCACCUUUGCUGAGUUCCGAAGAUACACGCUGCAGCUGUCCUAUUUACCAUGCUGCUCAAAUAAGUACGAGAAUGACACACUAUGACUAUAUCGUUUUUGCAGGUGCUCCAGGGAGAAUGAAUGUCGCAAUUUUGGAUGAAGACUACGAGGUGGUUGAGCAAAGAAUAGGAAAGUGGGCUGAAUCUCAGGUAGGACGCUUAUGUGUCAUUAAUUCCCUUAUUUUACUGUGCGAGGUUUUACUGUCCCCAGAAAACUCCCUGGAAGCGGUAAGCUAUCUAUAUGAACCUGACAAAGAUCCAUUUCUAUAUCGGCCAAAUAUUGUUGUAUCAGCAGUACUUUCGCUCUGGGCGUACGCAUACUAUGUGCUUGGCUCUGAAUCGUCAUUCAGAUCCGCCAACUCCACUUUCCAGAUACAGGAAGGUUGCACCCCGGCAAUGGAAGAUGCUCCAACAUAUUUGAGUAGAAUAAGAGGCGAACUUAAAAGUUUGACUGAUAAACCUUUUUACACAUUGAAUCAGAUGGAUACAAGCGAAUAUUCCGAUACGAUAACGGUGUACGCUCAGGAACUUCCAAACGUUAAAAACUUAAAUUAUAUGGUUGGCCUGUUAACCUCCUUAAGGAAUGGUUAUAACAAAUGCCAAUGGCAAGUUGGUAGAGAAUAUGCAAAAUUACUCGAUAACUGCAUUCAGCGAAGUCUUGGAAGUGAGAAUGUCUUUUGCCAGGAUAUGUAUGACGUCAAAUAG